AUGGAGCUCCAACUUCCCGGCUUCCACCACUUCUGUCCAACACAAACUCAGCUCAUUUACCACCGCCGAAAGCAUCCUGUUCCUCAAAUGCCGCCUACGCGUAGCCGACCUGCCGGCAAUGUCAAUCUUCCCUCCGACCCCACCUGUCAGGCCCCUGCAAACGGCGACGCCAAUAUGGAAAAUGCCGACACUGUCUUGGCUGGUCUUGAAGAGCCCGACCAAAAUGACAUUGUGCUGAUCUAUACUGGCCGUCACAUGUGGUCCAGCAUUCGACCCUCCGAACCUGGUGAGCUGUCACCUCCCCUUGUUGCCUAUGAGGAGCUUCCCUUCCCCAAGGGCGACCGAGCCAAGCUGCCCCCCCUCAUCAACCGCGAAGAGGACAUUGCUCGUGGAUCCUUUCGCCUUCAAGUUCGCCGCUUUCUUGUCGCCCAGAACGUCGCCAAGACCGACAGCUCAGUCAACUUCCGCGUGGGGUUGGCAGAGGUGGUUUCGUGGAAAUCACCGUUGACUCUAGUACUCCCACCGCCCUUGCUCAAGUCAAUCUGGUUUUCAGUGGCACCCCUGCAACGCCUUUUUGUCGGUCCGGCACUCCCCAAAGCCGCAAUGGUCGUCGAGGUUCUUGGCGUUCCUGCCUCGAAUGCUAAAAACGAAACAGCUCGCUACAUUUCGCUGCGCCUCCAGCCCUUUGUUAAUGUACACGACGUCUGGGUCGCUCAAAUCCCUUGUGCUAAUAACCCCACCCCUCUUGAAAGCACCAACCGUAUGGCGGUUCUCGCUUCCUCAACUGCUGGCAAAGACGGUGGCGUUGACCCCAACAGCGUCCACGCCAUCCCCGGUUAUAUCAAGGCCGCCUUCCUUGGUGCACCACUUGCCGUUCUGCCGCCCGCCAAUACCACACUUUCGACAACUGUCCUCGCCGUCUUUGCUUCAACUGCCGCGACGGUCGCUGACCCCGUGUCAGCGCAGCAAGCCCAAGGAGAGAGUCGUGGUGCCAACAAUCUCAACUAUGGGUCGCAGAUAUGCGACUUUCCUCGCCUCACUCCCUUCCACAACGCAACCCCUUCACUUCCCUUCACCAUCCCAUCCGACCAACUGCGCACCAAACUGUGCUUGGCAAAGACACCGGCAUUCUCCUUCGCAAUACAACCUGGCAAAUUGAAGACACCGACAUUCAUGACUAUUUUGCCUCGUGUCCGCAUUCCUGAUGGGGCUCCUGCACUCAGUGAUUCCAUUCACAUGCUUCACAUUUGGAGCAUACAUGUGCCUCUUCAGCACGACGCUCACCAACGGUUUGGGAGUGAAGAUCUCCCUCAACUCUCUCGUCUUGAUGCCUCUUCACUUGACAGUCGCACGGCCGCCAUUGUUGGCGCAGACUGGAAUGCGGUCGAUUCGCGAGUGUUAGAUGUUUUCCCCUCGACGUCGUCAGCAAAGCAAAUGCCUUAUGGACUGCUCCAUCAAGCUGGCCUUGUGGAUGCCUUUCGCACCCUCCACCCCACAGCCUCCGGCUUCACUCGCGAUACCAAGAUCCUCAAUCGCAUUGUUUCUGCCGGUCGCAUCGAUGGCAUUUCCAUUACUUCCAACCUCGUUCCUCACCUUAAAUCUGUCACAACUCGUCCCAGUCUGUCAGGCCACAGCAUCGUUUCAAUCCGUCUUGGCACCAGCGGAUCUCGAAUCGAAUUAGGUCCGCGAACAUGGCGUCUUCAUGGUGAUGCCCAUCUACAACAUAGGUUCUCCCUGCGGAUCCAACAAUUUGCAAACCAGCUGCCACCAAACAUUAAUCACGCUCCAGUUCCCUCCUUCUUUGCGUUUAUUGAACGUCUUCGGACCACUACAGCUGCAAUCUCGACGUCGCUUAGCCAAGCUAGGCAACGGAGUGAUGCACAGCGUCAUCAACUUUUCCAGCAAUUGACUUCCCUUGACAUACGGCGAGGCGAUGACACGCGUGCUCUAUUCCUCCAUCUGCUUGCUCACCUACGGCAGCUUGACACUGUCCAUGUGCAGAAGUCAGUGUCGGACUGCAACCGCCUACACGAAAUCAACAUGUUCCGUCCAACAGCCUGGGUCAUCCCACGCCUUGAAAGUCGCAGCUUCACAGCCACACCAGAAUUUGUUGACAAUCAAGACGCUCAUUCGACGCCUGCAGCGAAACUGCUUGCUAUUUGCCGGUUCUAUACCACCCUCUUCACGCCGAAACCUCGCAGUACCAUCACCGAGGAGGCUGCUUCGAUCUUGCUCGGAUCGGUCCAACGUCGCAUCAAAUCGACUACUCGCCACACUAUUGAAGCAGCAUUCACUGUCGAAGAGCUGAAGGCUGUCCUUGCGCGCUCGCCUGAAUCAUCAGCGCCUGGAUUGGAUGGCCUCACCUAUCCACUUCUUCAGGCAACCAGUGACAUCUUCUUGCAGCGGCUUUGCGCUCUGGGAAAUGCUCUUUUGCGAGGCCACCACCUGUCAGAAGCCGCCGCCUUCCGCAUCCUGGGCGGCGCGGUAUCGAACCGCCUUCAACCUGCUGCGGCCAAAGUGGUACAUACAGCACAAACCGGUUUCAUUGUUGGCCGUUCUUCCUCAACCAAUGUAAUAACCCUCACUCUUCCCCAGCACGCUGUCAAAACAAAUCACAUUGCUGGCCCACUUUGGAUCCUCAAUCUCGACCAACAGAAGGCGUAUGACCGCCCUACGGCUUUGGUCCUCGCUUUCUGA